AUGUUCCUCUUCUAGAUUAUGACGAUAUAUAAAAUAUUGAAGACCCUGUAUUGCAAGUCAUAGAAGCUAACAGAGCUCAUUCUAAGAAUAACAAUUUGCUAAGUCACUUAGUUGAAAGAACCAACAAUCCUUGGCUUAAGUUGGCAUCCUAGAUAUGCUCACCUUAGCGGAAAAUUGGGGAUUUUUUCACUUACUUGUAGAGGAAAAUAUAGUUAGAAACAAAGUUAGAAAAAUACCCAUUUAGAGAUCUUUAGCUUAGAGAAUAAAUUAGAAUUAACUGACUUGAUGACAAAUCUUCUCGCAAAAAAAUUCAAAGGAAAUACUAGAGCUCUAAAAAUCUCAAAUCAAAAGCCAAUAUAUAGUUCAGAGAAGAUGUAAAUCAUUGCCCCUAACACUAACUAAAAUAUUCACGAGAACUCACGAAUCCAUGUGAUAGAUUCUAAUCUUGAAAUCUUGAAUGAUAAAAGGACGGAUUAGAGUUUCAACAAUAUUAAUUUGGAAUAAGAGAGGUAGUCUUUUAUUGAUAGGAUAAAGAAGAAUGAAACGACUUCGAGAUUCACUUUAAAGGGAAAAAGAAAAUAUAAUAAAUUUGAAAUCUCAAACAGCAUCUGUUCCUUCGAGGGACGAGAUGCUUAGAGAUUAAACUAUAAAGCAGAAUAUUAACCUGAUUCUGAACUUAACGGAGACUUCUAGCAUGGGCUGGAGGAUCGAUCUGAUAUCAAGAAUUUUGCUUUGUUCGAUCUCAUCUAAAAAAGAGCUACCACAAAGUAAUUUCAUAAUAGCUAGUCACCGAAAGCAAAGACUGCCAAUUCAAACUAAAUUAGAAAUUAAAAAUAUAAAUUUAAUGAGAUGAUACAACCAAAGAGUCGAGGAUCUAAUUUAACAGUCACUAUUUUAGACAAAAAUAACUCUUAAAAUAGUUACAAAGGAUCAUAAUAAAAUAAAAAGAUCUUCUCCUCUCUGAUUAUUGUUUGA